AUGGCGACCGUGGCGGACCCCAUCCAGAGGCGCGAGAGCAGUGACAGACCCCAUAUGAGAGCCCAUAAGGCCCUACGGCGAUGGGAUCUUGUCAACACGGACUGCCCGCAACGCUCUGCGGGCGCUGAUACUACCGGUAAUAUGAACAACGGCUUCGUCUACUCGCCUGCGCGCGCGCUUCCUCUCACUCCACCGGCCAUCACAGUCGAAGACCAGAAACCCCCUCCGAGUUCGCAGAACCACGGCACUGAUAACCCCCACGUCGACCCGCAAGGCACCCUGACACCCACAAACAGGAUAAACCUGCUAACACCAGAUAUCACGCCUCCCCGCGUCGUCUCGCGCUCCAAGAAACAAGAUGGACAGGGCCAGCACCUAUCCUCCGUGUCCUCGAGAACGACCUCCUAUGCGACGGCUAGAGAAACACCAUCGUCCGACGAAGAGACCGAGAGAGUCAAGUCUAUCCCCCUACUACCCUGCAAGCACAAACUGCCGCAUCCCUUGCGCAAUACAACCGUUAGCUAUGCGAACACAGGCGAGAUGAGCCCUGAUAUACCUGCACAAGUGACCAAGCAGGGGCGCCCGCUCUUCGAUACAAAUGAGCUACAAGUCCAUAAACGCAGCGAAAAGAAGCCCUCCCCUAGUUCUCGCCGCACCCAAUCUCUUCAAGAGCACUUGCUCUCGCAUGCUCGCCAAGGGAGUCUCCGUGAACGAGUCUGGAGCGAGCAGGAUACCACACCCACUGCCUCGGUUGAAGCCUUUGCAGCGAGCAUCGGCUGGCCCAGUGAAAGCGGUAUGGACAUCAUGGACUCGGCGCAAGCACGCCGCAUCUCAACUGCAUCCACCACCACCAUCGAAGCCGUUGUAAUAGACACUCCACCACAGAAGAAGAGGACACUGCGGCAUAUCGAGAAGAACGGUUCUCUCCGAUCCGUCAGCACACCAACGCCCAGUCCACCCUCUAUGUCUAGACCAGUACAAACGCAGGCACAAGCGCAGCCACGCCUUGCGCAUAAGCGUACCCGGAUCACAAACGAAGAUCGACGGAGCAUCGCGUCCGACAUGUCCAUAGCGACUGCGAGCACCAACCUGACUUUUACUCAACCGAAGCAGGUUGAGGAUGUCAUUCGCGUGGUGGUCAUUCCGCAGCGUCGGUCAUCACUAAGGUCUUCCAUGCCGCCCAAGCCAACAUUACGCUCAGUACAUCCAGGCUACCACAGACCAGCCACAGCCCCUGAUUCGGGCGUAGGAUCGUUCCACAGUUCGCGCAGGCACAAACGACGCACGAUGUCGGAGUCUUUAACCUCUUCAUCUAGUGGUCCUAGCGCUUUCAAACCAAAGAUACCUGCACGACGGUCGUCUCUAUCUGCUCCCACAAGUAGGAAUACCUCCCGCGCUGGCUCUAUAUCUGGCGAUAGCAAUCGGACACCCAUCACUGGCACUGCAAUGAAGGAGCUUCUCAAUUCCAAACCUCUGCCAAGGCUCCCGUCUGAACCAGUCAACCAACCUACACCAAAAAUACAACCAGAGACCGAACGUUUCCUGUCAGAACUCCUACCGAAGCCACUCCGACUGUCUUCAACCUCCAUCCCCACCCCGCAAAUUAUCUUAACCAAGGAGCCGUUCGACCACGCUCAGGAUGGAUCCGUCCGCCCACUAACCCCACCAGGCGGUCCAUCAACGCCAUUCCAACACUCCAUCGAGUCCUUAUCUCUUUCCCCUGGCCCUGUAGAAAUCAGUCAGGCUACGGCUGUCCCUUUCUUCGCUCAUAAUAACAAAUCCCUCUUGGUUGUUGAGCAUCCGCUAUCGGAGGCCCGCCCUUAUACAAGCGAAAUGAAACCACCACCACUCCCUCUCGAAUAUGUCGAAUCACCACUCCGACAUCCUCGUGCUGCGCCUAAACCCCCAGAUUCGGCUGCACAAACCACACCGGCUACACCAUUAAGGCGUGCAAAUACAUUGCCUUCGCGACCUCGACCCCCACUCCCAAUGCAGACGGAUAGUAGUAGUAACGGAAGUGGUCUUGUGCGCCGCCUGAGCUCCGUCCGCCGAAGGCUUAGUGCUCGUCGUACCUCCACCAUAGACUCCAUCCCCGCCACGACUGCAGCCAAGGAUAUUACAAGUAGGACGCAUCACGUCCGCAAUAGAAUGGCAGGGAGGAAGCUGGAUGGUAAAGAGCAUCCGUUUUGGCGCCCACACGGUUUCUGGGAAGAUUAUGACAACGAAUGUGCCAUUAGCGAUGGUAACGGAAAUGCUACCAACAACGUUCCCAAGACCACGACUACGAUCACUGCUGGAAAGGACCUCGCGUCUGGCGGAUACGAGAGCGGACAAUAUGUCAGCAACACACUUGGGAUCCCGCAGAACCGCAAACCAUUCCAGGGCCCGAUUGCAUUGAUCCGGCGUGUCUCGCAGCGAUCCCGCUCUAGACCUAACCGCCUAACUAAAUCCUCCAGUAAGACCAACAUCACCUCAUUCUCUCCUGAUUCCCGACGGGAGAAACGUGUCCGUUACCGGCCCCUACACGAGGUACAAGAUUGGAUCACCCGCACUCGUCAGCGUCGCGAACAAGAGAAACUCGAAGCACGCCGGGAGAAGCUCCGCAGAGCCAUUGGCGGGAAUGUUAUCGUUGACUAUCACAGCGUAGCCUCGACUAUGGACCCGGAAAGCGUCUUCUUUUCGCCUCGAAGAGAGGUGAACUAG